GCCAUUUGCUCGACAUGUUUGAGAAGAUUGACGGCGUCGACGGCCUGAUGAGAUUCAUCAACCAGGGCGAGAGCACUACCUAGGUGCCGUUCUUUGGACCGCUCAACAACUUCAUUGCAAGCUUCAUGUGGGACGGCAGCGCCGUUGCUGGCGUCACCCAGUACGACCACUUCAAGGCGACCACUUCAAGGCGACCGAUUCCAAGACGAACAACGAACUCGAGGACUUCCUCUAAGAUACUAGCGGCGAGUUCCUCGAGAGGUGCAUGGCGAGACCCGAGCACGGAUUCGUGGUGGCAAGGGUUCUGUGUUCGAUCAUGGGCGAGACGUUCGGUCCACACAACAUGCGCCUCGUCACGCUGUACAACUUCGAAAAAGACCUCGCAAAAGCCCAAUCAGAGGGCCUGCUCAAGCUGGCAAAGGUCCGGAACCCGCUCGCAGACAUGUCCGCCAGACUCUUGGUCAAGCUCGACGACGAUUUCAUCAAGCAGCAGAAGACAACUCGGACGACUUCAAAGACAGGGAGUCUGUCAUCCCCUGCGCCGCCACCUCUUAAUACCAAGCAAGAGCGCUUCUCAGUUCACAUCAAAAGCCACGGGACUUUUCUGUACCGGUACCCGGACGAGGACGACAGCUUCAAGUGGGUGAAUCAGACAUUUGAGUUUGCGUCGUCGAAGAAUCCGUUUGAGUGUGUUCACGAUACCGAGAAGGAUACCUACAGUCCCAAGUCGGCGCUCUUCCAGAGCGAGCAGCUGGCCUUGCAGAUCAGCGGCGGGGCUGGGGACCUGCACGAGCCCCUGCCUCUGCAGUGUCCCUUGGGUGUUUAG